UUUAUCAUGAUGUCUCUCUAUCUCCCAACUUGUGAUUCUCUUACAUAACAAAAGACAGGAGCUUCGUGGGUUCAAUAGAUUAUCUCGUCACAACGAAAGCUAAACGUAUUGACUGGAACCUGUAUAAUACAAUCCGUUGGUGAGAUGGAGGAACAGUUCAUACUUAGGGUUCCACCGUCUGUUUCAGAGCGAAUCGAUCGGCUCUUGAGCGAGGACGCUUCUACUUCCGACGAGAUCCCUUUAGAUUUGUGCUUUUCAGAGGAUGGGAGAAGCGGGACGUUUAUGAUUGGAAACGAAGAGUUCCCGGCUUCUCUCCUGGAUCUUCCUGCUGUUGUUGAGUCUUUUAAAACUUAUGAUGAUUCUGCUUUAGUCAAAACUGCUGACAUUGGCCAGAUGAUCAUGGUUAGGGAGCCUGGUGAUCCCGCGCCUAAUACGGUUGAAUACAGACAUGGUCUAACUCCUCCUAUGAAGGAUGCUCGCAAGAGAAGAUUUCGUCGAGAGCCUGACCUUAAUCCGGAGCUUGUACAGCGCGUUGAGAGGGACUUGCUGAACAUCUUGAGUGGCAGAACAAUCGAAAACGGAAAUGAACAGCAAGAGGAAACAGUUGCGAACGAGAAUGCAAAUAAGAAUGUCUCUUCCUCUUCACCUGCUACACCUGUUGAAAAGCCUGAAGAAGCUGCUGAGACAGGGACUAUUAAUAAUAAUAAUACUCCAGCGGAAGUUGAGCAGGAGAGAAGUGAAUCAGAAGAUUCUGAUGAUUCUAUGUGAAAGGUUAUGUAUGUAGUGAAUGAACGUCGGGAAAGCUUUAGGAUAUGCGUGUAACGUUUGAGAAACGAACCUAGCAAGGAUAGUGUAUGUCAACUGUCAAGAGUUUAGCCGUCAUGUUUACCACUUUUAUCAUUUAUUGGUUCAUGUUCAGAACAUUGUUCCGGUCUGGUUAUAAUAACAUUUAUUGGCUCUUACUGCUGAGCCAUCAGCA